GUGCGCCGGAAGCACUCUUCAUCCUGCCGGAAGUACGUUUGUUGUUGGAGAGGGGUCGACGCGGAAGUGCAGCUUGGAGGGGAACGAUGGGUUGCGACGGGGGGACCAUCCCCAAGAGACACGAAUUAGUGAAAGGGCCUCGGAAGGUCGAGAAGGUUGACAAAAAUGCAGAAUUAGUGGCACAGUGGUACUACUGCACACUGAGUCAAGAAGAAUUAAGGAGACCAAUUGUAGCCUGUGAGCUGGGAAGGCUGUAUAACAAAGAUGCUAUCAUUGAAUUUUUACUGGACAAGUCAUCUGAUAAAUCCCUUGUGCAGGCUGCAUCCUAUAUCAGGAGCAUUAAGAAUGUAACAGAGCUGAACCUUGCAGAUAAUCCAGCUUGGAAAGGUGAUAAAGGGAACACAAAAGGUGAUAAAUAUGACGACAUCCAGUGUGCACGCUUUAUUUGCCCUGUGGUGGGCUUGGAAAUGAAUGGAAGGCAUCGGUUUUGUUUUUUGCGGAAUUGUGGCUGUGUGUUCUCUGAACGUGCUCUUAAAGAAAUUAAAACAGAAGUUUGUCACCGGUGUGGUGUUCCCUUUCAAGAUGUUGAUGUGAUUAUACUUAAUGGUAAUAAAGACGAUGUGGAAGUGCUGAAGAAAAGAAUGGAGGAGAGAAGGCUUAAGAGUAAAGUGGGAAAGAAAUCAAAGAAAUGUAAGGCAGCGGAAUCAGUCUCUCAACAAGACACCACUGAAGAUUCUCCAGGACCAUCAGAAGUAAAGACUGCGAAAGAUGGUAUGAACACUAAUUCUGGAGAAAGGAAACAGAUCGUCUUCACAAAGAGUGCAGAAGCUAAUGAAAGUUCUUCUGCAUCAGAAAAAAUCAGUAAAGCUUCAGCUGGCACCACCAAGAGAUCCAUUGCCAACAGUGAGGAGAAAUCAGAGGCAUACAAGUCUAUUUUUACGUCACACAGCUCAGCAAAACGCUCGAAGGAAGAGUCUUCCAAUUGGAUUACUCACACAGCAUACUAUUUCUGAAACAAUUGUAUGCAUGAUUGUAAAAGUCAUUGCUGCUUUUCUUCCCUGAGGCUUUUUCUGUGUAACUCUGAUACAGGAUGUUCAUUGUAAUCUAAUUAUCUGGAAUUAUUCACUUCGCAAAUUGUUUAUAAACUUGUAAAUAACCUGUGUACUUAGGUUGUUUUCAGCUAUUGUUAAACAAGAAAUAGAUGGCCAAAAUCCAUGUCUGGUAAUGUGACUUACUUUAAAAGAUUAUUUACAAAAAAUAUAAUUCUUUGGGGUCAGAUUCUGCCAUCCUUAGUUACACUGAGUAGUAGUUUACUCUUGAUUGCAGUUCCAGUUAGGAUUGCAGAAUCUGCUUACUAGUAAAUAUAUCCUUCUAUGCUUUUAGAUGUAGAAUGAUUACCUACACAAUUUUAGCUGCAGUUGUAAUUGAACUUCUCUUUGUGUUAGUUAAGACUAAAUUUAAUGUUUGUAACUUUCUGACACUGCUUGCUAACAAUAAACCCCCCCACAAUAUUUCCUCUCUUACAUUAACUAAUUUGACUCUAGUCAAAACCAGUACACGUCUCUCUUAAAGGUGCUGGAGAUCACUUUGAAUUAACAUAUGUCAGGAUGGAGUCAUUCAGAAAGCUCAGUAUGAUCUCAGAAAUAAAGUAAAAACUUUUACAAUAGUCUUCUGUUCCAUUUCAAAGGAGAAUGGAGGUGGGGGAAAUGUUUUGCUAUUUACUGCUAAAUUAUUUUUAAAGAAGGCACCAAAAUUGUUUGUUGUUCCCCCCAAAAGUGUUCUAGCUUUUUUUCCCCUCUUACAUUAGAAAUACCAAGUCUGGGCUUCCAUCUUUUUGGUGGAGAACUGUGGAGGAUAAUGGCAUCACACCAUGCUGAAACUUGAGCUGGAGCUUUCUUCCUUGCAGUUGAAGUAGCACUGAGGCUGGGUUUUGUACACCAUUAAGCAGCAAUUUGCCUUUAAUUAAAACAAAUUAAUGGAUCCAAAUCCUUUUAGCUCAACUGAAAAAUAUGAACACACUUAUUACCGUAACUUUUGAUGUUUUCAGACUUUGGAGAAGCAUUUAGUUCAUCUGGUUAAAGCUGUUUUAUGAACCUUGCACAUUAAAAUGAAUAUCAGUGUGUUUAAACACAUUGAAAGAUUGGUGAUUCUGACUCAAGGUUUGGGUGGAAGAGAGAAGAAUUCUACCGAGGACUCCUUGGAGAAAUCAAUAUCAAACUCAGUUUUUAAAAAUUUUUUAUUUGCGACUGUGCAAAGAAAACUGCCUUUAGCCCAUCUGCUUUGUUUUUAAUAUAAAAAGUCCAGAUGUAUGGAAAACUUUUACAUGUUUUAAAUGAUGUCUGUGCCAGAUAGUAGUUUUGAUUUAAGGGGGAAGUUUACAGAUACUGUAUAGUGCCAGGUAUGGAAAUAUUGACUUCUGAAAUCUAUUUUAUUUAAAUGUUAUUUCCCAGCUACUCUUUAGAAACUGCAAGCCUUCUUACCACACUAUGGCUGCUAAUUUCACCCCUUUUUCCUUUUUACUCUAGACAGGCUAGACUAUGGAAGUCCAAUCUAUACAUUUCAAUGAGUCCUUCAGUUUCUUCUUGGAAUCAUUUUGCAAGAGUAUGGAAGAGUGUUUUGAUUAUUCUUCUUUAAUAAUUAGAUGAUGAAUCGGACCACAUUUAUUUAAAAAGCUGUGGACUAAAUUGCAGACAUCCCAAAAGAAGUGCUCUCAAUCUCUGAGUUCAAAUGUUUGCCCAGCAAAAUAGUGUAAUUACAUGUGCAAAUGCUCACCCAGAUGUGUGCAUUCUUUUAUGUGGAUAAAGAGAUGCACUUGCAAACUUUGGGGGCGUGCAUUAAUAAAGACCAUUUUAAAUUUGG